AAGGGAAAACGCUGUUCCUCACUGGCUUCUUCGCCUCGGCAGUUCAGCGGCCCCGUCCCGAACGAUGGAGAACUACCACGUCCUGGAAAUGAUCGGCGAAGGGUCCUUUGGGCGCGUGUACAAGGGGCGGAGGAAGCACAGCGCCCAGGUGGUGGCCUUGAAGUUCAUUCCCAAGGUGGGACGGUCUGAGAAGGAGCUGAAGAACCUGCAGCGGGAAAUUGAGAUUGUGAGAGACCUCCAUCACCCCAACAUCAUCCAGAUGCUUGACAGCUUUGAGACUGCUAAGGAGGUGGUGGUAGUGACUGACUACGCAGAGGGAGAGCUCUUCCAGAUCCUGGAGGAUGAUGGGAGUUUGCCUGAGGACCAGGUCCAGACCAUAGCUGCCCAACUCAUCUCUGCUCUCUACUAUCUGCACUCCCACCGCAUCCUGCACCGUGACAUGAAACCCCAGAACAUCCUGCUGGGCAAAGAUGGUGUUGUCAAGCUCUGUGACUUCGGGUUUGCUCGUGCCAUGAGCAUCCACACCAUGGUGCUGACGUCCAUCAAGGGCACCCCGCUGUACAUGUCCCCUGAGCUGGUGGAAGAACGGCCAUAUGACCAUACAGCAGACCUGUGGUCUGUGGGCUGCAUCUUGUACGAGUUGUUUGUGGGCACUCCACCCUUCUAUACCAACAGCAUCUUCCAGCUUGUCAGCCUUAUCAUCAAGGACCCUGUGAAAUGGCCCAUGAACAUGAGCCCAGUGUUCAAGAACUUCCUUCAGGGAUUACUAAUGAAGGACCCCCAACAGCGCCUGUCAUGGCCAGAGCUACUUUCUCACCCCUUCAUUGCUGGACGGGUUACUAUGAUUGAUGACACAGAAGAGCAUGGGAUUUCAAACCCCUUCACCACUAAGCUGUCGCCAGAGCUGCAGGCCCUGAAGGAUCAGCAAGUCCAUUCUGCAGCCCCCAGGAGCAGCCAGUCCAAGAUCCUGAGAAAGGCCCAGCAGCAGAUGGCUGAAAAGACACAGAAAAAGGGCCAAACGAAGGCAGGUGAUCCAUCUAUGAAGGAUUCUGUCAAUGGACAUCCUACACACAAACCCAGAGCAGCAUCACGGAAGGCAGCCCCUGAGGAGAGGGAGCCAUUGGCUGCCUCCAAUGAGAAGAAUCCGUGUCUCCUGCAAGGAAAGAGCUGCACAGCAGAGUGGGAGUUUGAGGAGUCUCCUCACCCAGGCCUCUCUCGAGACUAUGAGCGGGAGUUUUCUGGAGCAGGUUCCCCUCCACAGGCUGGUGCUGGCAGGGCAGAUCCCUGGAGCAGGCACAGCAUUGAGGCCGUGGACUUGGAGAGUGAGGAGCUGGAGAGUGAUGAGGAAUGGCAGCACCUGAUUGAGGACACUGAGCCCUCGGCCAUGCAGCUAAGUGUGACUCUGAGCCUCCUGAGGGACCCGGCCUUCCAGCACCGUGUCCAGGACCGCCUGGCAGACUCUGCUCAGCAGGUGCUGGAGGGUAUGCUGGAGGGAGCCUCCCAUCUUCGUUCUGUGCUUCAUGUUAUGGGCAACCUCCUGUCCACUCGGUGUGAUGCUGAGCUGCUGAACCACUUCUGCCAAGAGCUGAAUGUGCCUCUGUCCCUUUUGUGUCUAGCCAAGCAGAUCCUGGAAAGUGGUGUCACCAAGCAGCAGCCCUGGUGUAUUGCUGUGCUGACAGACCUCCUCAUGGUGACCAAAGUUUAUUUCAGCAGUGAAUGCAGUCUGGAGGAGAGUGGGCAAAAGGACAGCCUGCAGGAGAGUUCUGACUGCUUCCUGACCCUGCUGCCGGAGCUGCUGGCUGUGCCAGUCGACAGUGAGAUGAGACUCUGCCAGCAAAGCCUCCUGUGCUUCACCCAGCUCUGUGAGAGCCUGGACACGGCAGAUCCCUCUAUCUCUGCACACUUCUACACUAGGCUGCAAGAGGAACAUCAGCCCCUGCUGUACAGACUUCUUCAGGGAUCCAUCUCAGAGCAGCCUGCUCUUCAAGGUGCAGCAGUGGAGGGCAAGUCAGCCCAUGACCAGAGCCCAUGUGUGGCAGAUCUCUUCCUGGCUGCAUUGGCUGCUGCAUGCAGCAUCCCCUUGGAGAGAAACAGCUGUCGAGAAGCCAAGCAGCAGGUUGCUUACACAGUAGCUGAAAAGCUCAUGGAAGGAGAGAGCCAGCAGCUUGCAAGACUGCUGGGGAGACUGGAGCACCCAGGCUGCUCCUUGAACGUCCUGAAGAUCCUCUACGCUGGCUGCCAUGCCUGCCCAAACCUGUGCCAGCACCUGGGAAGGAGCCAACCACUCUGGGGUUCCCUCAUGCAGCUCUUGAAGGCUGAGGUCCCUGUGGUGGAGGUGACCCAGAAGACAGCCUGUGAAGCCUCUCUGUACCUGCUGGCCCUGCUCACCCUGCAGCUUCAGGUAUCUCCUCCCAGGUGUGAGGAGGUGGUUACCCUGGUUAUGGAUCUCAUCACCCAGUCUCCUGUUGUGUCCCUUGUGGGUGCUGCAGCAUUUCUCCUGGCACAGCUCAGUCAGCAUGGAGUGGCUUUGGAGCUCAAGAGAGAAAAGAUCCUACCAGUGGUAACAAAUGCACUGACAGCACCUGCUGAGCUGCAGCUUCCCCUCCCAAUGGCUGCGGGUCUCUAUGAUGGGCUCUUUUUCCUCCUGCUGAAACUCCUUGAACAGGAGGGUGUGGUCUUGGAGCAGGGCUUUGCUUCCUCAGAGCUAUGGAGCCUGGUCUGGCACUGUGUUGCUGUGGUGCUUCAUGUGGACACCGACAGGGCAGCAGUGGAGGAAGACAGACCCCCAGGUGCUGGUCACCCCAUGGAAGAGCCAGACUGGAACCUCCUCUCCCCUCAAGGAAUCCUGUCAUUCCUCAGCCUGGCCCUUGGCGUCUUCACUCGUGAGUCCCACCAGUGUCUGUCUCAGCUCACCCAGUCCCAUGGUGUCCUCAUGGUGACACUGAAGAGACUGCUGUCCCCUGGCUUCUUGGCAUGCCUGGCACAGAUGCAAGCAGGAAAGGAUGGGGACCCUGAGGUUGUUCCAGAUGUGGUCAUCCAGGUCUGCCAGCUCCUCUCUUUCCCUUUUGCCCUGGAUGUGGAUAAAGACACCUUAGCACUGAUCAUGGAGGCUGUGAGAGAUACCCAGAUCCCUGCCCAGCUGCUGCAGGUCUGCGCUCGCCAUCUGCCCUUCUCAUUCACCGAGCUCCCCAUGGGCCUCCUGUGCCAACUUGUGGUGUCUGAGACACAGGUCAUAGACCAAGUGGUGAAGGAAGCUGCUGCCUCAGAGCACACUGUUGCCUUCUUGCAGUCUGUCUUGGUCUCAGACAAUGUCAUACUCACAAGUGACCUCCUGUCUCUCUUGACACAUGUGGCCCGGGCCUGUUCAGAGCACCUGCCCUUUUUCCAGAGGAUCCUCAGGGACUCAGAUGUGGCUGACCAGCCACUAACCUACCUGCUCAGCCACAAGCAACACCUGAUACGGGCUAGAACCUGCAACUUGCUGGGCAACCUGCUCCGCCACAGCUUUUCCCCAGCGCUGCAGAGCCAGCCCGGUUGGCUGGAGAGAUUGCUGGAAUGCCUGUCGGACCCGGAAAGCUACGUGCGCAGGGCAGCCACCUUUGCAGUGGGCAACGCCGCCUGCCACGAGUCUUGCCCGGCGGGGACCCUGGGCAGGGCCGUGCCCACGCUGACCCGGCUGCUGAGCGACACUCAGGCCAAGACGUGCUGCAACGCGGCCUUGGCCCUCAGCAACCUGGGCCAGCGCGGGGCGGAGCUGCGGGAUCUGCUGAUCCAGAACAGGGCCCCCGACCUCCUGCUGCAGGUGAGCUGCCAGGACCCGCGGGAGGCCGUGCGGGAGGGAGCCCUCGAGGCACUGCAAGCCCUCAGCCAGCACCCUGGGAUCCAGCAGGUCCUGCUGUCUCUCAAAGCCACCGAGAGGCUGGCCGCGCUGGCCGGUGUCAGUCCCCGGUCGCCUUCUGCCCGGCACUGCGAGCUGCUCCUCCGCCGCCUCGCCUCUCUGCCCGGCCGCGCGGGGCCCAGCCAGCUGUCGCCGCUUGUGCCCCGGCCCCGAGGAGGCAGCUCGCUCUACCCCGGGCCUCCUCGCAUGGUCCUGCCCUAUGACCCCGUGGGGCUGGGGGGGCGCUUCGGGAGCGCUCUGCGGCGAGACAUGCUAGGGUCGGCGGCCUGGGCGGCGCACCGGCGCCAGGAUACAGCAUCCUGGUAG